AUGAAUGAAUUACUGAGAGACACGGCCUUCGGAAAGCUGGUUCGAGUCCUGAACGGCCAUCGGAUUCUGCUCUAUCCUGAGGAUGCCAAUGCUAGCGAAAGAAGGGCCUGCGCUUGGAUUAUCGUUGUUGACUCGGGCCCUGAUGACAGUGAAGUAAAAUCCUCAGAACUGGAGCUUUGGGAGGAAGCUUCUGGCCAGCCCAGUGAUAUGAUUCUGACCUUCGCUAUCUAUAUCGGCUCAGCUAUCUACUCGCCCGGCAUCCCUGGCGUAGCGACUGAGUUCGGUGUAAGUACGAUCGCCUCGACGUUGGGCCUCACCCUAUUUGUUUUAGGUUACGGUAUCGGUCCCAUGAUAUGGUCCCCUCUGUCCGAGCUUCCUGUGAUUGGAAGAAAUCCUGUUUAUCUCUCGACUCUGUUUGCUUUUAUACUCCUCAAUCUAGUAGUUGUCUAUGCCCCUAACUUCGGAACGCUUCUGGCUUUUCGAUUCAUAACUGGGCUUUUUGGCUCCCCUGCCCUUGCCACUGGAGGCGCAUCUAUGGCGGACAUAUGA